AUGUUUCGCUUCUUUGGACUCACUUCAUCCGACGCCUCAGGUUCCAAGCCGGCAGCUGACAGAGGGCUGCCAGCCUCUUGGUAUCGGUCCAAAGAGCUCUAUGAACUUGAGCGCCGCGCCAUUUUCUCUAGAAAGUGGAUUCUCCUCACGCAUGUGCUGCGCUUUAAUGAGUCCGGAGACUAUGUUUCGUUCACGUAUGCAGACUUCAACUUUUUCUUGGUCCGUGACCGAGACGGGAACAUCAACGCCUUCCACAACGUCUGUCGCCAUCGGGCGUACCCGAUUGUGCAGAAAGACUCGGGUAAGGCAAGCAUCUUGAGUUGCAAAUACCAUGGCUGGUCCUAUGGAUUCAAGGGGGGCUUGGCAAAGGCUCCUAGAUUCGAAACAGUGCCGGGAUUCGACAAGUCCCAGCAUGGCUUACUCCCCAUCCGAGUGCACGUUGAUAAAGUAGGCUUCGUUUGGGUCAAUCUUCAGGCGGGAGAUGGGGAUCCAGAUGUGAAGUGGGCGGAUGAUUUUAAGGGCGUCGAUGAACAGCCCAGAAUGACUCAGUUCAAUUUCUCAGAGGGCUAUAGCUAUGAUCAUACCUGGGAGAUGGAUCUUGAUGCAAAUUGGAAGAACGUAGUUGAGAACUACAACGAGUGCUAUCACUGUCCAACUAGCCAUCCACUGAUCGCUGGAGUGUCGGACUUAUCAAAAUAUACAGUCAAGCCAAACAAGGGGUGUUUAGAGCAUACCAUCAUCAACAAGAGCGCGGCAGAGGACGAGGAUGAGUUCCGGCGGUCAAUCACCUUCUUCUUUCCAUCCACAUCAGUCACUGUCACUCAGAACUUUUUCUAUAUUCAAAGAAUGAUAUGUCAUGGCCCUACCAAGACAAAGAUUCAGAAUGAAGUUUACCGGCACAAUAGUGCGACCGAUGAGCAGUUUGACGCGAUCAUGGCAUUCUACAAACAAGUGCUGGACGAAGAUAAGGAGCUCUGUAAUGGGUCACAACGGAACCUCAAUGCCGGAGUGUUUACGAAUGGCGAGCUGCACCCAGACAAGGAAGGGGGACCUAUCUACUUCCAAAACACUUGUAGAACUGAGGUCAUGGCACAUCGUACGAGAGAGGUGGAACAGGGCGGGAAAGAAAUCUGGCCUGCAACCCCUAAGAUUAAGGGUCCCAUGAACACAGAAAAACUUUGUGAAGAGGAGCGUUUCUGCUCGGAACUGGAAGCAGCAGCUUGUAAAAGUAGAGAAGAGUUAGCAUGGUGA